AUGUUUUCGGGUUAAAGCGAAUUCGAUCUAAGAGUUUUUUUAUCCUCUUAUUCAGAUGCUCUGCAUUGUCUAAAAUAAUCAGCUGAUAAAUCUACUUUAAGAAAAAACUAUGAAAAUAUUGCUAAUCGACUUACGAUUUAUGUGAAACAAAAGAAGAUGUUUGGUGAAGUAAAUAUAUCUAAAAAUGAAGAGAGAGAUAUUUUAGCAUUUCAAUAUACACAGUAAAAUAUCAAAGAUGUAUAAAAAUAGUUAUAUAUUUUUAAAAUAUUUACCGGAUUUCGACAAUUUUAAGGGGAAUUAUGA